UUUUUUUUUCCUUUUUCUUUUUUAUUCCCCUCUCUCUCUCUCUCUCUCUCUCUCUCUCUCUCUCUCCGAUUCAUCACCGGUUUUUUAGUAUUUGCCGCGAUCGAAGAAGUCAUAGCCGCCGAUUCGACGGCCGCCAAACGUCUGGAGAUCCCUGCUUCUUGGAUAUUCAACUUCUUCAGUGAGUUAUUGGUGGAUGGAAGUCAGGUGGAUUUGGUUCAUCUGAGUAGAGGCCAACUGUAUAGAAAACACAUGUUGGUGAUCAAAUGAGUAGAACUGAUGUUAUUUGCAGUAGAAGGAGGAGGGUUCUUCUCAUCUUCAGCUGCUGGGUAUAGCAAGGGCCUGGCCCUUCUUCUCUUGGGUCAGAAGAACGAAGAUAAACCCAUGAGAGUUUCGCCGUGGAAUCAGUACCGGUUGGUGGAUCAAGAAUCUGACACUGACCUCCAGCUGGCUUCCACAAAGAACCGACUUUCCCGCGGCUGCGCCUCCUUUGUCUGCUUUGGUCGCGCUUCCGCCGGGCUCGACACUCCAUCUCCUCUUAAAGUGGGCCCUGCCCAACAGCAGGAUAUUUUGCCUGGGUCUCUUGUUUCUGACAAAGGCAAGGAUCAUACUGCUGGUGCUGAUGAUGACCAUAUUGCUAGAAAGGUUGUCCUUAAAAGUAGCUUGAAGAGACCUUCCAAAAGAACUCCAGUUUCUGUGGAGAGUGCUAAUGAACGUGAAGCAUUGAGUGAACCAGGUAGUGAUAUUCCUGGUCAUGUGGAAAGGAGGAAAGUGCAGUGGACAGAUGUUUGUGGGAGUGAGCUUGUUGAAAUCAGGGAGUUUGAACCCAGUGAAACGGACGGAUCAGAUGAUGGAUUCGACGAUGGGAAUGAAAAAAGUUGCUCGUGUGUGGUUAUGUAGUUUGGCAUUUACCUGAUGAUGAUUUGGGCAUUUCUGCUCUUUGGAUGCAAAUACUGCAUCAGGUAACUUACCGCUAACAUAGCUUGUUUGGUUGAUUUACUUAUUUCCGGAAGAAAGCGGUUUUUGAGUACGUGCAGAAUACCACCGUAGCAAGGAGCAAGGAGUAUUAUUUCUCUCUAUGCCUGUCGGAAUGAACAUUCAUGUGUAUAUCAGGUUGCUGUGGGUUUCAAUUUUGCCAUUUUAGGUAUGGGGACAUGUUUUUGUUUGUUAUUCUCCUUCUGUGUGACUGCAUUGUUCAUUAUUUUGCCAUAAUUAAUGUAUUAUUUUUUGUCCUUAUGGUUUGAGUUUAAUACAAAUUUUAGACCUAAAACCUUUGAAGAA